UCCGAACACAGCGUUUCCAACAAGAAGUUUCGCACUUUUGCGCGGACGCUGCCGCCUGGAUCCACUGUCGCCAACUCCGUGUUCGCAUUUCUCAAUCAGUGGAAUUGGAGGAAGAUUCGAAUUAUCAGCUCUCCUAGGUUUUCAAAGACGGUGGAGACGAUGCAGUUGUUAUCUAAGCAGCACGAUGUGACUAUUCUGGGAGAGGAGACGAUUAACGACAUCCAUUCUACCAGGGAUGAUGUGCUCAUCAAGGAAAUAGUCAGCAGAACUGCGUUUCAAACAAGAGUGUACGUGCUGAUCACGAACCAGAACGACGCACUAGUGGACCUCGUCAUCUACCUCGCCAUCAAGGACGAGGCAAAUGAGAUCAAGUUCGAUGAGUACGUGAUUAUCUUCGUAGAGGAGCAGCGAGAUGAGUACAGGGACAAGCAGGACCAGCAUCCUCAUCUGCAGAAAUUUCUAGAAAAGAACGAAGAAUUCGAUAAGCGCUUUGAGAUUCUACCAAUGUCUGUGGAAGGUUUUCGGCAAGUAUUCAAGAUAACACCAAGGCCACCAAGCAAUCCAGAGUUUGGUAACUUCGAGAAGAGUAGCAUAGAAUAUUCAAGUCUACAUUUCAAGAUGGAUCCACCUCCACCGGUUUUUACUCCCUCAGUACCGAUAUACGCGGCACACGCCUACGACGCCGUCUUCUUUUAUGCCAAAGCACUCAAUGAAACCAUCCAGCACAACGGUGGCAACAUCACCGUCGCUUACAAUGGAUCUGCCAUCGUGCAGAGGAUGAUCAACGCGACGUUCAAAAGUAUUCAAGGUCACGAAGUUCAUGUAAAUGAAGAUGGUGACGCGCAGGGAAACUAUACAGUUAUGUCUCUGAAAGAGAGCAAAAGUAUUCAUAGCAAGGGUGCAACGUGGGCCAUGAGAACCAUAGGAGAAUUCCAGGCCGUAUCAAGUGCUACUGCCUACCAACUACCGGUUUCCUACGUUAAGACGGAAGACAUUGAUUGGCUGAAUGGUAUUCCUAGAGAUGAACCGUAUUGUGGUUUUGAUAAUUCUCAAUGUAAAUACACGUGGCAGACGGGAGUCGUGGCUGGGACCGUGUUGUCUAUCAUCGUUGUUGUCUCGCUCUUCAUGUUCAGGCGCUGGCAGUACGAGACGAAACUGCGUAGCUUGCAGUGGAUCAUAGACUUCAACGACAUCAGGGUUGCCUACGAUCCGCAAGGCAACUACGCUGAUGCGCUGCACACGCCCAACACAACGCCAAAACUGAUGCCGAAAAUGGGAAGGGUGCGGUCGUUGACCACUAACAGUAUCACCUUCGACCAGAUGGGUCCAGACGGUCCAGCUGGCGGCUUUCCGCCAAUCGAUUCACACUUUCUCACCAAGCCUCAGAUCAUGGUCGGUGUGUUCAGACGCAAUCCGGUGGCCCUGAAACAUAUCAACAAGAAGGCGGUGGAGAUAACGAGAGCGAUUCGCAAAGAGCAUAAAAUCAUGAGAGAAAUGAGACAUGAAAACAUAGUCCCUUGCCUAGGCGCCUGCACCAACCCUGACCACAUCUACAUCGUUACACAGUACAGUGCCAGGGGAAGUUUGGAGGAUAUUCUCAACAAUAAGGAUAUACAACUGGACAACAUGUUCAUUGCAUCACUCGUUCAGGAUUUAAUUAAGGGAAUGAUGUACCUUCACGACUCGGAAAUCAUUUCUCACGGGAACCUCAAGUCGUCGAACUGUGUCAUAGACAGUCGCUGGGUUUUGCAAGUGAAGGACUUUGGGCUGCACGAGUUCAGAGCUGGAGCAGAGGAAUUAGUCGAUCAGGACACGUACUACAGACGUCAGCUAUGGAGAGCGCCAGAGCUUCUGCGCAUGAGCCAUCCGCCGGCGCGGGGAACGCAGCGUGGAGACGUCUAUUCAUUCUGCAUAAUCCUUUAUGAGAUUAUGGGCCGGGAAGGCCCCUUCGGUCGCUGCAACAUGACUAAUAAAGAAAUCGCGGAGAAGGUCAAGUGCGGUAUAGUACAACAAGGAAAUAUAGGGCUGAUAGAGGAGGUCUACCGUCCGCCGACUGCGAACCUCAACUGUGACAGGUACAUCGUUGAGUGCAUGCGCGAUGGCUGGGCGGAGGACCCGGAAAUGCGACCAGACUUCCGUUUCAUCAGGAUCCGGCUUCGACAAAUGCAAGCUGGAUUGAAACCUAACAUAUUCGAUAACAUGCUGGAUCUUAUGGAGAAGUACUCGUCCAACCUGGAGGUCACAGUGCAGGAGCGCACGCAGCAACUCAUCGAAGAGAAGAAGAAGACAGACGAACUACUCUACCGAAUGUUGCCCAAACAGGUGGCUGAGCAACUAAAAGGUGGAAAUCCAGUUGACGCCGAGGGCUUUGAUGCUGUGACAAUAUACUUCAGUGACAUCGUUGGGUUCACGUCACUUUCCUCAGCCAGCACACCUAUGCAGGUUGUAGAAUUGCUCAAUGACCUCUACACUGCGUUUGACUCAAUUCUCGGCCACUACAUGGUGUACAAAGUGGAAACCAUAGGUGACGCGUACAUGGUUGUCAGUGGCCUCCCGAUACGUAACGGCGACAACCACGCCGGCGAGAUAGCGUCGAUGGCGCUGCACCUGCUACGGAGGAUCCGUACGUUCAAGAUACGGCACCGGCCAAACGACACGAUGAAGCUUCGAAUCGGCAUACAUUCAGGUCCGUGCGUUGCUGGUGUCGUCGGUCACAAAAUGCCACGCUACUGUCUGUUCGGCGACACAGUCAACACGUCGUCCCGAAUGGAGUCCAACGGUGAAGCGCUCAAAAUACACAUCAGCGAGAACACGAAAUUACUACUCGAUAAAAUAGGAGGCUAUUAUAUUAAAGAGCGAGGUUUGGUUAAUAUGAAGGGUAAGGGAGAGAUGCGUACAUACUGGCUGCUAGCCGAGGACCGAUCGCGGCGCGUCUCGCGCCAACACCAGCAGGGCUACUGCAACUUCCCGCAGCAGACGUCACUAGAGGGUGACGGCGUCGGCCUCAACCGACAGUCGAGCGUAUCUAGCAUCGAUUCCGAGACGGGCUUGCUGGACGACGACCACGAGCUGGAGAAGCUGGUGGAGGAGGGCGUGGUCGAGGCGGGGGUCGGCUUGCCGUGCCGGCCCCCCACCGACCCGGCGAUGAUCAAGAUCAAAUACAAGAACGUGAAGAGCCAGGUCGACGAGGCGGCUCGAGAACAACGUCAUGGUGCCCGGUCCGCUGAAAGAAGAACGCAAGGACUCCAGUCUCGAGAGAAAGUUACUCGGCAGGGAUUUGUUAAUCGACUGCGCGGCUAUCGAAUCGACGAAUCGGGCGGACAGGCUGCCGCCAGCUUUUGCAACACCCAAGCUGUCGUCAACGCCGUCGACGUCGCCGGUCGCUCCGAUCAGAGGACAACGGCAGCGGCGGUGUGGGUGAAGCAGACACGCGAAGAACAGUGUCACAGUUCAAAUUCAACUCGAGUGCCGGACCCCGAAACGAACGAGGAGUUCGUCGUGUGA